AUGAGAAAUUCAACGUUGAUUCUUGUUAUAACGAUAAUUCUUAAUACUACGUUGUUUUCUACUUUUGUAUUAUCUCAAACUUCAUCAAAUAACUUUACAUCUGCUGCUAAUAAUGUUACGGCUGUCUCCUGUUUUAUCGUAAAAGGCUAUCCAUUGGUCUCACCAGUUAGUCUUACUCCCUCAUGUCAGUCAAGACUUGAGCGGAUUUAUAAUUCGUCCGAUAUAAAUGCUUGCAUUCCUUUUAAUCAACUUGCUUCUAAAUUAUCUCAAAGUAGCCCUUCUUCCGAUCUCACUGAUUUAUUCAAUUCCGUUUGUUUGCCAAAAUGUGAUGAUAUUUUUAUAUCUUCAACUCUCUCAAGUUUCAAAACAGACUGUACAAUUGAUCUUGCUGCAAAUAAUUCUGCCGUUUUUGGCGUUGAACUUUUAUUCACUUUCUAUUCCCCAUUAAUAUCUUCUUAUUGUUUUAAAAAUACUACUGGUGGUUCAUGCCUCCUUAAAUUUCGUCAAGAUUAUGCAAUAUUUGCUGGUGCCGGUGUAUCUCCUGCUAAUUCUAAUCCAUUAAACUUCACUGUACUACCUGACAUUACAAAUGUUCCUCCUUCUGUUGUAUGCAUUAAUUGCGAAAAAGCUUUGGCAAACACUUUUCUAAAAUUUUUGGAUGCAAAUCCUGGUGAUUACGCAAUUUUAGGCACAAAUCAAAAUGAAAUGAAUAAUCAUGGUAAUAUUCCUGACACUACAUCAACGUCAACUUCAACUCCAAGUACUGGGACUAGUUUUUUUGAUAAUCCAUUAUAUAAAGGAUUAAUUAUUGGCGGCAGUAGGCAUCCAUCAUUUUUUUAUGUUCCUACGCCAGGAUCAAGUGAAGCUAGAGAUCAGAAACAAUUUAACUUUAAAAACUAA